AUGUGUACGAAUAGUGAUCCUUGUAAGCCUGGAAAACCUAGUGGCUAUCAAUUUAAACUAAAGAGGGCGGCUAAGGAAGAAAAAGAGACUGAUUUAUUACGAAAAAUUCCCAAAAUUUCAUCCUUUUUUAGUAUCGAUAAAAGUAAGACCAUAACGGAGGUAUCAACCGAUGAUGAUCGUGAUGCUAUCUUGUUGCCGUUGUCGUCUACUAGUUCUAGUGUUUCCAUUUCAGAUGGCAAUCAAAGUGGAAAAGGUGAGACUGAUGAUGAUCUUGAUGCUAUCUUGUUGCCGUUGCCGUCUACUAGUUCUGGUGUUUCCAUUUCAGAUGGCAAUCAAUGUGGAAAAGGUGAGACUGUUAAGAGUGUGGAAAAUUCUGAGAUUACCUCUUUUGAUUGCACUGGUGGAGUCGUUUUUUCUUCUGAUCCAUCAUUGUGGAAAGUAAAUGAUGAACUGCGUGAUCAUGUCGCUGUUCACGGUGUUUUACAAAACUGUGACGCGGACUUCAGUACAUCAAAAAGACAGUACUCACAUAAAGUGCGUUAUGCCUCUGAAAGUAUGUUCGUGAGAAAAAUACUCAAUGGCGAAACUCAAAAUAGAUCUUGGUUGGUUUAUUUCAAAGUUAAAGGCUGCGUUUACUGCGCUCCCUGUAUGUUGUUCGGGAAGUACGCAGAUUCAGAAAGCGCUUUUGUAAACGGAUUUAAUGACUGGAAAAAUGCUUCGCAGCGAUUGAAGGACCACGAAAAUUCCAGUGGGCAUAAAACAAGUUUAGGAAACCUUAAAGUCCGAGGGAAUACAAAAGCACGCGCUGAUUCAAGUCUAAUUUAA